CAGCCGUUUGGGUUUGGUUCCAAGCCAAUUUCGCGAAUCUCCAAUCUCAGUCUGAUCGCAGAAAUCGGCGCGAACGGGUGUGAGUUUCAGAGUCCAAGUACAAGUACGCUGAACUGUAUCUGUGUGUGACCACCUGUAGCAGGUUCCAGAGGGAGUCCCGAGUGGUGCAACUUUAUCCAAUUAGCAGAGUUUCGUGAUCCAGAGUCGUCUCGAGUGACAGAAUGGCGCCCCGCAACAAGCAACAGGAACAGGAAGUGCUCGACUGGAUCGCGGGCGUGCUCGGUGAGAAGCUGCCCCCAGGUGCCUACGAGGACGUCCUCAAGGACGGUGUGGUGCUGUGCAAGCUGGCCAACAAGCUGGCCCCUGGCUCCAUUAAAAAGAUCCAGGAACGGGGCACCAACUUCCAGCUGAUGGAGAACGUCCAGCGGUUCCAGGCCGCCAUCAAGAAGUACGGCGUCCCCGAGGAGGAAAUCUUCCAGACGGCGGACCUGUUCGAGCGGCGCAACAUUCCCCAGGUCACGCUGUGCCUGUACUCGCUGGGACGGAUUACCCAAAAACACCCGGAAUACACCGGCCCCUCGCUGGGCCCCAAGAUGGCGGACAAGAACGAGCGGACCUUCACCGAGGAGCAGCUGCGCGCGAACGAGGGCCAGCUGAACCUGCAGAUGGGCUUCAACAAGGGCGCCUCCCAGUCCGGCCACGGCGGCUUCGGCAAUACGCGCCACAUGUAACGACUUCAUCUUCGUCAACAUCGUCACCACCCUCGUCGUCGCCUCACACAUCAAAACUGUCACUUGCAGCUUGAAAAUUAGUCAUAAGUCUAAAAAAAAUAUCUCUUAUUUGUUACUACUUUCGCGUACAAAAUUAGGUCUUUUUCAACUCUCUGGAAAAUUCUGUUUCGAUAAAAAAGGAAAACCGCAAUCGUAUUAAUGGAAGUCGGAUCCCUCGUCGUCGCUUUCGUCAAAGGCAAAUUCCCGCUUAAUUGUCCGUUCCUCACGGAAUGACCCCGAGAGUGUUUAUUUUUCCAAAAAUCGCACACGAAGAUCGAGCAAUUUUGCCAGCAACGAAAACGACGACGUCGGCAGACCGCGUCAGAUUUUGCAGUCAUUGCUAUUUUUAGGGAAAAACCAGCAACAAAAUGGUUCAAAGUUACACACACUCACACUCACACGCAGUACACAGACACACAUGUUUCUUGGCUUGAGACUCUUUCUGUUGGCCGCCACCGUUUUUGGUUCAACCACCCACGCGUCUCGCGUGAUUUUCAGGAGGGAGGGAAAAAAACUCCAACAAAAACAAGCGAUUUUUCGAGUAAACACAGCAAAACAUUGUGCAGCGAGGAUUUUUUCGCUUUCUGAAUGAGGUUUUGGUGGAAAUAUGGAUGCACGCAGGCCGUAGCAGGUCGUAAAAUUGGUCGUAAUGUCUGUUCUUUUCGGAGGCGGAGGUCAAACAAAGACGAAUGCAUCCAUCAUUCAGUGGGAAAUUUAUAGGUCAGAGCGGUGGCAGCUUUAUACAACGUAUUUAUUUAUUUAUUUUUUUAUUUGGAGAAUAAAAGUAUGAAUUUAUGUAUAACAAAAAAAA